GCUGUGCUGGCCUACAUGUAUCGAGGAUUAUGCCGAUGUUCUAUGGGCACGAGGGUAGAGGUCCCUGCAUUUUGCUCGCUUCUUCAGAUAUGGGUGUGGACUAGGUUGAGACCUUUUCAGCCCAUACCAGCUGACCCUCCCGCUGACUAUCUUACUGUCCCGAUGCCAUACGCGCGAAGAUGGUCGCGAGGCGUACGCCGACGUGUGGAGACGCACCACAGCCUUCUCCCGUUUAGGGAUCAGCUAGACCGCAUGACGGCGCAGACGGCUUUUAUAUGGACGCCGUAUGAUCAUAUUUUGGAUGAGCUGUCGGCGUUUUGUAGGGCUGGUCAGCACAUGUGGAUGUCGCGGUGUCCAUUGAUACAUAUGGAUAUCGUUGAGUAUCACGCGCCCGACCGCGUGUUACGGCAGUUUGGGUAUGUACAGAAUAUACCCGUGGCUACGGUUUGGGAGCAUGACCACUAUGCGAGGGACGAGCGUGCGGGCGUCGAUGAUGCAUGGCGACUCCAUAUGCAGCAGCAGGUCCAGAGUUGGGAUGUGAGGAUGGCGAGCCUAGCGGUGGUCGGACAUGACACUCUCAUCCAUGUGUACAUGGAGUGGUACAUGCGGAUCACUCGCAUCAUUAUUGGCAACCCCUCUAGGCGUCGUCCAGAUGGCCUGGGAUAUGUAGCUCUCGCAGGAGCGUACGAGGCGCUGGUAAGUUUUAUUAGUCUUAAACUUAAACCAUCGUCUUAUGUACUACUUUACAAAUUUAUUCAAUUGUUAAUAUUGACAAACAUAUGCAGGUACGGACCGUUCAGACGAUGCGCUAUGAGAGCACUGCCCGUACAGAGUCCCCCGAGACGGCGGAGUACACAACACGGAUGA